CUGUUUGACAGGCACUCUGGACACAGAGAGACAAGUCGCCUCACCGUGACACGCUGGCUGCAUCAUACCGACUUUGACCUAACAGCAGAUUACGGGGUACGGAAAUGAUCGUCUCCUGCGUACCGUCAUCAACAUAAUUGAGUUUGCUUCAAGGACCAUAUGCUAUUCUGCCUUAUUCUGUCCUUGUAAAUAAGCUUGUGGCAGCAUCCACAGAAUGCUGUAUUGAACUAGACAGAGAUUGGUUUGUAACGGGAUUGAGAAUCGCAGUGACAGAGGACAGACGCACGGACGUUAUGGUGAAUACAUAAAUUAGAAACCCUAUCGCAACAUUUAGACUACCACUGGAUCUAUACUCUUCAUUUUGUGAGGAGCCAAGAUUGUGAAUGAGAGCUGUAUCAGACCGAUUCUUAUUUCAGAGUUGCGUCUUUCCAUUAGGUUCAGACAAAUAUUUCCGUAUAUGCGGUAACGGAUUGUAUUCGACUCUCCCUUGGAUUACUCUCUUAUGACUCCUAUUUGAGUGGGCUCUGACAUAAAUAUGGCGAGCCUCGACCUCCUUCACAGACCGUCACGGUGAAUGGAUGGACACACAAAGGCACAAGGAUCUCAGUUCAGAGAGUGAAUUAAAGCCUCUUCCAUCUGCACAGUGGGGGAAAGGGCCUCUGUGGAGCCGGGAAGGCACAAGCCAGAGGUCGAUAGCGAGAGAGAAGUAAUGCUGCUUCGGUGAUUGUCUUUCAGUCUGAGCCACUCACCUUUCCUGCCAUGGCGCUACGGUCAGCUCUCUGUCCUCCUGAUGCUCUCUCAGUGGGAACGUAGAGAGACACACACUGGAGACACACUCUCCAGCUCCACACACACCCACACACCUCCACGAGGAGUGUGGUCAGACCACAUGCAGAGAUCUCAUACACACACACACUCAGGAGCACAACACACCUUUGUUGUAUGUUUUUGCCUGAUAGGUCAUUAUUUGUCCCUUCCCAGAAUUGGAUUAAGAUUUUAUAUUGUGACACUCUCUGCUGUUUGAUUGGACCUCUCAGAAGCUUUAGGGUUGUUGUCCUGCUGCUUUAUGGUUCUGUCUCUCUGGGACGUUGUGACUGAGCGGCAGGUAGAGCCAGCAUGGCUAGGCCUUUGCUGAAGAUUCAGCGCUACUUCCGGAGGAAACCUGUGCGCUUCUUCUCCUUCAUCCUCCUCUACCUGACAGCCGGGAGCCUCGUGUUCCUGCACUCUGGCUUCGUAGGGGACAACUCCACAGGGGCCAAUGGGGGCCGGGACCCCCUGGUGGCGUCUGAGAUGGGGAACAGGGUGGCCUCCUCAGAUGGCCGGCGGGUAGGGAUGAUGGGAAGGGUGUUCAAGGAGAACCGCAGACCCACCCCGAGGAGGUACGGCCCUCCAUGGAUGAAAGGAGCUGCUGGGAAGGACAGCCAUGAUUGGAGGGCCCGGGGAGGGGACUACACAAGCAGCUGGAACCGCGCCCUCAAAGGACGCAACGCCAAAGAUCUGGACGACGGACGGGCGAAUUACAUCGGCUGCUAUAUAGACAACACGGUGAAAAGAGCACUCAGGGGAGUGUCCUUUUUUGACUACAAGAAAAUGACGGUCUUCCGUUGCCAGGACAACUGUGCUGAAAGGGGAUACCUGUAUUCAGGCCUAGAGUUUGGGGCGGAGUGCUACUGUGGCCACAAGAUCCAGGCCCCCAAUGCAUCUGAGAGUGAAUGCAACAUGGAGUGUAAGGGCGAGAAGGGCAACCUGUGUGGAGGGGCCAACCGCCUGUCAAUCUACAGACUGGAGCUGAGCCAGGAGUCAACGCGCCGUUAUGGGAGUGCCAUCUUUAAGGGGUGCUUCCACAGACCUGACAACGUCACCCUCGCCCUGCCCAUCAGCGCUGUCAUCCAGAACAUGUCAGUGGAGAAGUGUGUGGACUUUUGCACAGAGAAGGAGCUGUCUCUAGCGGUUCUAGCUGGAGACAGGUGUCUCUGUGGGUUCCCCACCCCCCACUUCUCCCUCCAUGAGAUGGAGGAUGAGGAAAUGUGCCUGCACCGCUGCCAUGGUGAAGAGUUUGAGAGCUGUGGGAAUGACAAGUACUUUGUGGUGUACCAGACACAGGUCCAAGAUAACCGUUGUAUGGACCGGCACUUCCUGCCCACGCGCUCCAAGCAGCUGAUGGCCCUUGCCAGCUUCCCCGGGGCUGGCAACACCUGGGCCCGCCACCUCAUAGAGCUGGCCACUGGCUUCUACACAGGCAGCUACUACUUUGAUGGCUCCCUCUACAACAAAGGCUUCAAAGGUGAGCGAGACCAUUGGCGGAGUGGUAGGAACGUCUGCAUUAAAACACAUGAGAGCGGCAAGAAAGAGAUUGAAGCCUUUGACGCCAGCAUCGUCAUGAUCCGCAACCCUUAUAAAGCGCUCAUGGCUGAGUUCAACCGCAAGUACGGCGGCCAUAUUGGAUUUGCCUCACAGGCCCACUGGAGAGGGAAAGAGUGGCCUGAGUUUGUGAAGAACUAUGCUCCUUGGUGGGCAUCCCACACACUGGACUGGCUGCGUUAUGGGAGAAACGUCCACGUGGUCCACUUUGAAGAGCUGAAGAGGGAGCUGUUCUCCAAGCUCAAGGACAUGGUCCUGUUUCUGGGCCUGGAGGUGGCCGAGGACCGCCUGCUCUGUGUAGAGGGACAGAAGGAUGGCAACUUCAAGCGCUCUGGCCUGCGUAAGCUGGAGUACGACCCGUACACACCCGAGAUGCGUGCUAGCAUUGACGAACUGGUCAUGACUGUAGACGCUGCCCUUAAGAAGAGGAACAUGGCCGGGGUGCCCAAGGAGUACCGACCAACUUCGAGAUGAUAUGAUCUCCUUUCCUUUCCCUCUCUCUCUCUCUUUCUCACUCUGUUAUUAUAUCUCUUCCCUUUGCACAUAUUGUUCUGGCAUCAAUGGCAUCCAUGUCCAAAAAUUCACAUGAACUGAAAAUCUGUGAGGAAAUACAUUUGUAUUUAAAGUACUUCCCUAUUCCCCUCCACCUCUUUAUUUGUCUCCUUAUUUCUCACAUCCUUUUUUCUUUAUUAGUUUAACUGGCUGAUUAUGACAACAGCAUCAUGAUGUAUACUGCUUUAGAACUGACAUUUAGCUACUUGGCUGAUGAACAUGGAUUCAUUGGGGAACUCAAAUAAGGACCAAUGAGAAGCACUUCCCCCUCUAUGCACAUGUAUGUGUUGUGCACUAUGACUUAACAUUAAGGUACAGUAGCUGUGUUGGAAGCACAUCCAAGUACAUAAUGGUUGGAUUACUGUUAGCUGACCAAAAGGAGCAAAUUCCUGUUAAUCUGAAAGUGAUGAUUAAAAAGAACUGUAAGAAGUCUAUGUGUAUGCAUAAUGUAUGUUAUUGAAUAGGAUCUGCUGCUAUCACAGAUUAGAAUAACAAAUACUCUUUUAUGAAAUGGUUUAAAAAUGGUCACAAAACCUUUUAAUGGUCUGUCAUUUUCCGACUAAAUGUUUUGUUUUGUUAGAGCUGAAAUAUACUAUAUGUAUACUUCCGUUUGCUGAAGACUGUAUAUUUGAAAGCUACUGGACUUAAAAUGAGGAUGUGGUCCAAACCAGUGCCUUAGAUGGCUGCAACACUCAGGAUCCGAUCCGUGACUUGGUUGGAGAAUGCAACCAACCAAGUUUGCGAAAGCAAACAAGGCCUAGAUUGAAUCAGAUAAAGAAUUAACUGGUGAUAGCAGACACCCAAAUAGAGGAUGAUUUGGCAAGUCAGAGGUGGAACUGCAUUGGAGCCUUCAAAUCGGUGAGCAGCUGCUCUUGCGAUCAUUGUCAUGAAGCAACACCCACCCCACUCAAGUUAGAAGUUCAGAAGGAGAAAGUGUAGGCUAUAUAAGAAAUAAUUACGUUCAAAUGUAAAAAAUCUUUAAAUAAAAUAAUGAGGGUUUCUAUCAUCCUAAUGAAGGUGUAGAUUACAUCUCACAUUCCAGUGUUCUAAUUUUUUGAACAAUGCUGCAUAGGGUUUCUGAUAAUGCGACUCAGUGCUAUCCAAUGGCAAUGUCUGUGUUAGGUAUAAUGCCAGGUGCCACUUGUGGCUGAGUGGAUUUGACAGCUCUAACCGCUAUCGGAUAUUGGCUAAAGCGGAUCUGAUUGAAUAGAGCCAAGUCCACCUAGAAUAGGCAGUGAAUGGGACUGAACACUCGUCUCUCCAUCCAUCCCUGUGGACACACCAUGAGGACAGGUCUCCCCACUCUUCUCCUCAUUCUUCAGCAGUAUUCCUAUGAGGAGAGCCUGAGGUGAUACAACUCGAUCAUACAGCAUCUCUAGUUUUCUGGAGCAUUGGCCUCACAUAAAACUGUGCUGUAUCAGUCCUACUGAUGUAUUAUACAGAAGUGCUUUUGGUUACUGACAACAGCUCUGGAACGCUGAAUAUUAAACCCUCUAUAGUUUGUUUUGACCAACAGGCUCAAUGGAACAUUCCUGCCUCUUGUCAAGACAGACCUUUCAAUAACUAGCCUCGAUUCUACUGAUCAACUCAUCGACUGCUUGUUCAUCCAUCUCGUCAGAGGUGGUCAGCUAACCACACUGUGCACAAUUAAUUUAUUGUGGAUUCAUUGAACGUUAUUUUCUGUAAACAGCUAUAUUUCAUAUCUACCACUUCGGCUAAAUGACUCUGCAGAACCAGUAGUUUUUUCUCAAAAUGGUGGCCUUAUUGCUUAAUAAACUGGUCAGUUAAUGCAUCACCAGA